CAAGGCGCGUACAGCAGUACCAACAGGCAGCAGCACACCGGGGGGAUGAGAAUGGACAGCGGCUGCGGGGCGACUCCCAUCCACGGCGAUCGCGACCGGCGAGACGGCUGAUCGGGAGCGACCGGCGUGCGCGGGGGGAGGCUGGGCUUUAUCUACUCAUAAGGAUAUAAAAACGCCAAGAUGACCGAGGGCAGACUGUGUCAAGUGCAAUUGCUGGAUGACAGGAAGUUGGAGCUGCUGGUUCAGCCCAAGUUGCUGUCAUACGAACUUGUCGACCUGGUCUCCUCCCAUUUCAACCUGAAAGAAAAAGAAUUCUUCGGUCUUGCCUUUUUCAGUGACAAUGGCCAGUGUAAAUGGCUGCAGAUGGACCGCAGAGUUCUUGAUCAUGACUUUUCUAAGAAGCACGGCUCCAUAGCCCUCAACUUUCUGGUCAGAUUUUAUGUGGAAAACAUAACCCAGCUCAAGGACAUCAUAACAGUGGAGUUAUUCUUUCUGAAUGCAAAAUCUGCUGUCUAUAACGGAAUUAUAGAAGUUGAGAGUGAGAAUGUCUUCAAGUUGGCAGCAAAUGCUUUGCAGGAGUCUAAAGGAGACUACACAAGCGAUGAGGCCACUCGAGCUGAUUUAAAGAAACUUCCCACUCUUCCCACUAAAGUCCUCAAAGAGCAUCCAUCGCUUGCCUACUGUGAAGAUCGCGUUAUUGACUAUUAUAAACAGCUCCGAGGAGUCUCCAGAGGACAGGCCAUUGUUCAGUAUUUGACGCUUGUGGAAUCCUUGCCGACAUAUGGUGUCCACUAUUAUGAAGUGAAGGAUAAACAAGGGAUUCCAUGGUGGCUUGGGAUCAGCUAUAAAGGCAUUGGCCAGUAUGAUCUACAGGAUAAAUUGAAACCUAGAAAGCUUUAUCAGUGGAAGCAACUGGAAAAUUUGUACUUCAGGGAGAAAAAAUUUGCAGUGGAGGUUAACGAUCCGCACAGGAGAGCGGUAACAAAGCGCACUUUCGGACAAACUGGUCUCCUCAUCCACACUUGGUAUGCGAGCCAUUCUUUGAUCAAAACUAUUUGGGUCAUGGCUAUUAGCCAACAUCAAUUCUACUUGGACAGAAAGCAAAGCAAAGCUAAACUGGGAGCCUCCAAAAGCUUGGAAGAAAUCGCGAUGGAUCUCACAGAGCACGCAGGGGGAAAGAUAAACAAACUGGGAGAGUCCAUUUUGAAAAAUAACUUGAUCACAGCGAGCAAUGGGAGUCUGGUGUCAACAGGUUCCGCUGACUCUGAAAUGAGUGAGGAGCAAAAGAAAGAGAAACUUGCUGAGUUGAGAAAGAAGGAGCAAGAUAUUCAAGAUAUUCUGGCCAAGAAAACAAAGGAACUCAAGAAGAUUUGCUUACGGGAAGCGGAACUUACUGGCAAACUGCCCAAGGAGUACCCCUUGUCUUCAGAUGAACAGCCACCACAGGUUAGACGGCGAGUUGGCACCGCUUUCAAGUUGGAUGACCUUUUCCCUUACAAUGAGGAUCCUAUCCUGAGAAAUCUGGAGAGCCGAUUUGCCCUCCAGCAGAAGAUUGUGGAGGCAGCUAAAAAACUAGCCAACGAGCCGGAAUUGUGUAAGACGGUCAAGAAGAAAAGAAGGAGAAACUGUUUGGACGCCAUGCACAAACUUCAGCAGAUUGAGAAUGAGAUGAAUCAUUACCGAAUCAAGAAGGGAAAAAGGCCAACUCAGCGGGCGUCAGUCAUCAUUGCAGAUGAAUUCAUGCAAUCCGACUGUAGCUCCCUGUCAAGCCUCCCGUUGGAAGAUGACGACUCAGAUAGUGCCAGUCAGAGGCCACGCUCGCAGUCCGUGCAAGACUCCCCUCAAUUCAGUCCUUUACGCUCGUUGGGGGCGGAAUACGAUGCGGAGAGGCAAACAUCUCCAAGAGAAAGUAAUCACAACAAAAGAGAGCCUUCUCACUACCACCACAAUCCAAGAGAGGUUUCUUCCACCCACAGUAGCCCCUAUAAAACCCUCCCCAGGCCUCCCAGAGACCCCCGCAGCAUGCCGCCCACACCGGCUAUGACCCGCAAUGCCUACAGCAGCAGCCAGCUCAGGUGCGAGGGCAUGCCUCACGGCUUCAGGGCUCGUAGCGGAAGUUUGGAAUCCGAGCCCCAGCUGAGGAAGGAAGCCGACCCAGAGAAGCCAGUCUUCACCUUGUCACCAUGCCACCGCAGCAACAGCACAGAAGUGUUGGAGGAUUGCUCUUCCUACACCAGCCAGUCCAGUCUGGACUUCUGCGGGCCCGCUAGUUCCCACUACAGUACAUUAGAUUCCCGAACGUCCACCAUGCAUCGUCUCCACCGCAACGUAGAAGUGUAUGGGAAUACGGGGAGCAUGCCCAACCUUGUUCAGCACCAUUCCGGCUGUAGUUACGCCUGCGAGACCUCCGCUCAUUAUCCACCGAGUGCCUACUACGGCUCCGGCUGCCCGUGUCCAGACAUGGAGCCUUACGCUAACGGCGCCUACGUGUACGAGAAUGACAUUGAAGGCCACUACAACGUGAACCCCUCGUAUCAAAUGAACGGCUAUCACGGACAUGACAGAUUCAGGCAUUACGGUUCCGACCGAAAGGACAGUCUUUCCCAGAAUCCCUACGCGACCGUGAGGCCGCCGCGGAGCCGUGAGGGACCCAGAAAUGAACUUUUGGCCAAGAACAUGCAGAAAGCUAUGGUGGCGGAACAUCUGAGGGGGUGGUACCAUCGAAACCGUGGACCGAGGGAAGGAGAUAGGGCAGGAUAUGACUUUGACUGCGGCUCUCAGCUCAGUUUAGGCUACCAGACUAUGCCGGCGGCCUUCAGCCACUCAAGCAGAACGACCUCUUUCUCUUCUGUGUCCUCAGUGGAGAGUGCAGGGAACUGGCGGAACCAGCUGGCAGUCGGACUGAGUGACUACGACACACCCAACACACCACAAUACUCUCAACAUGCAGUUCCUUCAUCGCCAUAUAAUCGCAGCCCCACACACAACAGAUGUCCUCCAGAAAACAAAGUAUUGGGCUCUGACACAAAGCCUAAUAAAUGUGAGUCAGUUGAGGUGGUUGGCACUGAAGCCGUUAGAAUGGACGAAGCUUCAGGCAGCCGUUCUAGCACUUAAGGAUCUUACUUGGGCAGCAGCUACACAAGCAUCCGAUGAUGAUGACUGAAUCAGAUCCUCUGAACACAAAAGCCAUGGCGAGCAGCGCAUGAAGAGGAAGACGUUUCAAACCUAGGCGUUCCCUCCUAAAAUUAAACUCUGAUCCCAGGGUGCCUUCAAUUGCAGUGGAUUGUACAGUAGAGGCGAGACAGACUGUGUUUCAAAAUGUUGCACAACCUUAAUGACUUGUGAAAUACGAAGGCAACAAUUUGUUGACAUUGAAACUAGCAAACACAAAAUAGCUCAUGUCUAACAGUGGUAUGAAAAAGUAUGUGAACCUUUCAUUUCUACCACAUUUCUUUGCAUAAAUCACCAUCAAAUGUGAUCUGAUCUCUGUCAAAAUCACACAGAUGGAAAAACAGUGUUAACUAAAACCACCCAAACAUUUCCAGGUUUUCAUAUUUUAAUGACUAUAGUAAGCAAACAAUGACAGAAGGGGGAAAAAUAAGUAAGUAAAACAUCACAUUUAAUAUUUUGUGGCACCCCUUUGGCAGAAAUAACUUCAACCAGAUGCGUCUUGUAGCUGCAGCUCAGUCUGUCACAUCGAUCAGGACUAAUCUUGGCCCAUUCUUCUCUACAAAACUGCUGUAGUUCAGUCAGAUUCCUGGGAUGUCUGGCAUGAAUCGCUGUCUUUAGGUCAUGCCACAGCAUCUCAAUGGGGUUCAAGUCUGAACUUUGACUUGGCCACUCCAGAACGUGCAUUUUGUUCUUGUUAAACCAUUCCGAAGUUGAUUUACUUCUGUGUUUUGGCUUAUCGUCUUUUUGCAGCAUUCAUCCUCUUUUUAGCUUCAACUGUCUGACAGACGGCCUCAGGUUUUCCUGCAAAACAUCCUGAUAAACUUUUGAAUUCAUUCUUCCAUUAAUGAAUGCAAGUUGUCCACGCCCUGAGGCAGCAAAACAGCCCCCAAUCAUGAGGUGUUGAUGUUGGUGAGCUGUUCCAUUUUUCCUCCACACAUGACAUUGUGUGUUACUCCCAAACAAUUCAGCUUUGGUUUCAUCAGUCCACAAAAUAUUUUGCCAAAACUUCUGUGGAGUGUCCAAGUGCCUUUUUUGCGAACAUUAUACGAGCAACAAUGUUUUUGUUUUUUUUCGACAGCAGUGGCUUCCUCCGUGGAGUCCUCCCAUGAACACCCUUCUUGGCCAGAAUUUUGGUCUGUGCCAGAGAUUUCUGUAAGUCUUUAGCAGACACUCUAGGGUUCUUUUUUACCUCUCUGACUAUUCAGCACUGAACCCCUGGCAUCAUCUUUGGUGGACGGCCACUCCUUGGGAGAGAACCAACAGUGCCAAACUUUCUCCAUUUGUAGACAACUUCUCUGACUGUCGAUUGAUGAACAUCCAGACAUUUAGAGAUGGGUUUGUAUCCUUUCCCAGCUUUAUACCAAUCAACAAUCCUUGAGCGCAGGCCUUCAGACAGCUCUUUUGACCGAGCCAUGAUGCACAUCAAGACACUUCUUACCAGGUGUUUGUUUUAUAGUGGGCAGGGCAGCUUUAAACCACUCAUCAGUGAUUGUGCACACACCUGACUUAAAUUGUUUGGUAAAAAUUGGUUUCAAUCUUUAAGUCUCCUUAGGCAGAGGAUUCACUUACUUAUUUUCCCCCUUCUGUCAUUGUUUGCAUGCUAUCCUCAUUAAAAUAUGAAAACCCAUAAAUCAGGGGUCCCCAAAAUAUGGCCCGCCUCCACAUUUGGUUCGCCCCCUGAACAAUACCAGAGAGAAUUUUGAUUUUUUUUUUUUCCCAAAUAGUGCUAUUUAUUUACUGGCUUUUUUCUGUAAAGAACCCAGAGAGGGUUAUUUGGUUAUUAUCUAUUUAAUUAAUAGUGUUAUUAUUAUUUAUUAUUAUAUUAUAUUAGGGCUGUCAAAAUUAUCACGUUAACGGGCAGUAAUUAAUUUUUUAAAUUAAUCUCGUUAAAAUAUUUGACGCAAUUAACGCACAUGCCCCGCUCAGAUUAAAAUGACAGCAGUGUAAUGUCCGCUUGUUACUUGUUACCUGUUUUUUGUUGUUUGGUGCCCUCUGCUGGCGCUUGGGUCCAAAUGAUUUUAUGGCUUUGGGGAGUGAGCAUGGUGUAAUGACAUCAACAAUGGCAAGCUACUAAUUUAUUUUUUGAUUGAAAAUUUUACAAAUUUUAAUAAAACGAAUACAUAA